GGGAGAAACUUGUCAGGAAUUACAGUGUACAGAGAGAGAGAGAGAGAGACUGCGCUGGGCGAUGAAGAAGAAGAAGUAGAAGCAGAGAACCAGUUCCAGCGUUUGCCGGACGACCUCGUACUCAACAUCUUCGACAAGCUCUUCGACGUCAAAUGCCUAUGCAGAUGCUUCGUGGUCUCCAAGCGAUUCUCUUCCCUCAUCCCUCGCGUCCAAACACUCUCUGUCGACACCAAUAUCUUGAAUUCCAAUUGGAAAUCCAUUUCCGAUUUCCGCGACGAGAAAGACAAUAGUAAUAAUACCCAGGACUUGAGUUUCCUCGGAAAAUUCUCGGAAAUCUUCGUCGACGGCUUGGUGGCCUUCGAACCCCUUCGCUUCCUCCCCGAUCUCGUUCCCUUUCCAUCUGCUUUGGUGUUCCACUUGAAACAGGUUCGGUGUCUCGAUCUCCAGCUUUUCUCCGAUUUCAGCUGUGACGAUGACUCUGUUUUUAAAUGGGGGGCCAAAUUCACCCCUGAACUUGACGGUGUCACGUUUCUCUACGCAACAUCUCUCUCUAAAACGAUGAAAUCCGAAGCAGAAGAAGAUGGAGAUGAAACUGAGAAUGAGAUAGCCCAGGAAGAGGUUUUUCGUCGAGUAAAACUAGCCAUGAGGUGCUUAAAAUAUGCCGUGUGGUGGCUAGGAGUCUUCCGUCAUGUUCUCGCGAAAUUCCCGAUGCUGGAGAGCGUUACCAUCACGGAUUGGAAGAACAAGGGGGUGAAGCUCUGUUUGGGUGCUGAAAAGCUUGUCGAGUACAGGAAUCGUUUCCAUUCAUGCGAAAGGACCAUGGCAUGGAUACAAGGGAACGUUCAAGAGAUCAUAAGGGCUGGGUAUGAGCCUAUUUUACAGCUGCCGAUUUUGGAUAUGUGAUGAAAGGGGUGACCAUUUUUAACUACAAAAUUUCUGAUGUUUUUGAUGCUGAUACGGCCAUGUUGGAUGCGUUUUCGGAGGAACAAGGUCCUUUUUUGGAAGCCGUGGUGCAGAUUCUGAAAAAGCACAAGGACUGUAUCAAGGAAUUGCUCUAGAACUAUAAGUGAUGCUAUGUUUGAAUCAUGACUUUACUUCUUCUUCUUGUUACUGCUUUAGUUUCAAUUACCGACUAAGAAGCUUCGCGUGCAACGCUAGUCAGUUGAAUAUAAGACUAACCAUAAUAGGAGUUUAUUGAGCAAA